GACCGAGAUCCACAUGGGCACUAGCAUCGUUAUGGAAGGACAAGAUACGCCCGCUCUCAAGAUCGUGCUAGGCGACGACAAAGACGUUGCCUAUCGUAGUCGCGGAAAGUUGCUGCCUGAGGACCAGCAAAGCACCGAACCGCACAUAAUCAGAACCUUUGCAAAUCUAUCCCUGGCUGCCCGAGACGAGCGCCGGAAGAACAAGAUCAUGGAGCCUAUGCCCGGUGUAACGCGUCCUGAAUGCGUGGACUAUGAUGCCUACCUCGUCUGCGAUGUCGAGGCAACGUGCGAAGACGGUGCAGGCUACACGUUCCCCAACGAGAUCAUCGAGCUUCCAAUAACGAUGCUGCGCUGGCGCAAGUGCGAACCGCGUCGAACGCUCAAAAAGAUCCUGAACGAGUGGGAGCUCUAUGUACAUGCAGAGUUCCAUACGUACGUGCAGCCAACGUGGAACAAGACGCUGAGCAAGUACUGCGAGGAUCUGACGGGGAUCAGUCAAGCCCAAGUCGAUCGGGCUCCAUCUUGGCGCGAGGCGCUCAAACUGCUGAGCGACUGGGUGCUUGCACAUGGCAUCCAGGGCAAGGGCAAGCUCAAAAGCUGCUUCAUCACUGACGGCCCUUGGGAUCUGCGCGAUUUUGUUCCAAAGACUUGCUGGAUCAAUGGCGUUUCAGUACCGCCCAUGAUGACCGAGCGCUACAUCGAUCUGCGCCUUUGUGCAGCAACGUACUUCAAGAUCCAGCCCAAGCUAGACAGCGCCAGAGCGCUGCGUAUACCUCACCGCAAGCCGGAUCGUAUGGAUGUUCCGAGUCUGCUCGACGCGCUCGGCCUGCCGCCUUUCGAAGGUCGUCAACACUCUGGCCGUGCUGAUACGCGUAAUACAGCGCGCGUCGUCAUGGGGUUCGCCGACAUUGGCUGGAUCCUCAUCCCUACUCUGCACGAAUUGCCAAGAUCGAUUCCCAACAAUCGCUGGCCAUGGCAAAGUCGCUCGAGAUCGCGACACAUCAUCUGGCCAGUGACUACUUCGACAGCACAUGCCGGGCAGGCGCCGACGGCCAGAAUGUGAUGACGAGAAGACACUGAGGGUGACAUUGUUUCUAUGCUUGUGAAGGGGUCUUGUAGAGUAUUAGAUCAUGGUUGUGUGGCGGCAUCGCAAAUGUCCUCAAUCAUGCAUUUUAGUCUGACAGGUAGAAUGGUAGAGGAGUGUGAUUGC